AUGAAUCCCAAAAUAUCACCAAUCAUGAAAGGCAAACUAAUGUACUUCGACGAAGUAGCGUGGGACAAAAGCGACGACGAACUAUCAACCUGGGAAACAAGCCUCCUCACCUCAGGCUCCAGGAGAAGAAUAGCAACAUUAAUCAAAACCCACCGACAAAGUGUAGCAGACAAACUCUUCCCACCACAGAAAGGGUCCUUCAAUAUGAUAAUCCGUCUCCACUUCAUCGACGGCGCCUCAGCCAUCUCCGUCAUGCGUUUUCUCCAGCGUAACACAGGUAUCCGCAUCCCACACAUCUUUCACCAUGGAAGCAGCGCCGAAAGUCCGCUUGGCCUAGGCCCAUUCAUUAUCAUGGAGUAUAUCAACCAUAACGCUGAUCUGGUAGAUGCACUGAAUAUACCCGGAAUACCGGAUGAAGAACGACCUGUUAUCGAUCCCUAUAUUGACGAAGAUAGGCUGCGCUCGGUGUAUACUCUACUUAUGCGGCCCCGUUGGAGUUUGUGUAUAGUCCGCCGCGCUGGCUGUUGCUUGAACGGCCAAAAUGGGCUUGAUGACUGGGAGCAGGUGUAUGAGAACCGGUUGGAGGUUUUCUUGCAGGAGCUGCGGAUGCGAGAGGAUGUUGAUAUUUGGCGUGGGUUUAUUGGUGAGGAGAAUCGGCUUUCUGGUCAUAUGCGAGAGAGCUGGGAUAAUGGUGGGUUCUGGGUUAGUUAUGCGGCGAGGAGGAGUUGGGCCUUUGAUGUUAUCUACUGGGCAAAGGUUGAUCGGAGGUUCUUUGGGGAGGGGAGUUUGGGGGAUAGAAUUGGGUUGUUGACUGUUGAAGAGAGGGAUAGGAUGGAGGGGUUUGUACAGAGGAAGUUGGCUGAGAAGGAGGAGGGGGGUUUAGGGAGUUGA